AUGAUCCAAGGGGGCGACUUCGUGAGAGGGAACGGAACUGGAAGCAAAACGAUUUACGGUGUGGAUUCAUUUGAGGAUGAGGGCUUUAUGUUCAAGAAUGAGCCCAUGACGGUAGCUAUGGCAAAUUCUGGCCCUAAUACCAAUGGAUGUCAAUUCUUCAUCAAUCUGGCUCACAAUAGUUUUCUGGAUGGAAAGCAUGUGGUCUUUGGGCGUGUGGUUGGUGGUGAGGACAUAAUUCGGACAAUUGAGCAUGUGACCGUUGACAAUGAACGUCCUGUGAUUGACAUCAAUAUUUCAAAUUGUGGAGAAAUGUGA